AUGGAAAAGCUGCACACAGAUAUCUUAGAAAAUAUACUUUGGCGAUUACUUAUUGAGCCAGCUUUACAUGCCAAACGUGUAUGCACAACUUGGAGAGCAAUCCUCCGAAGUAAAACUGAAAAGUCAGGUUUCCUUUUCUCUCAUGGUGUUGUCGACCAGGCUACCAACAAUAAUUAUAGAGAACAACUUUUCUAUGAAGAUGAGUAUGAUCAUUCAAAGAUGAAUGUGAACAACUACUACUCUGACAGCAACUGUAUUACCCAGACAGAACACGGCAGAUUGAUUACGGAAGCCGCUCCAAAAAAUGUUAUGGUUGGGUCUUGCAAUGGUUUGGUUUUUUUUGGAAAAUAUAAUUUACAUGCUCUAGAUCCUUUUCUAAUCUGUAACCCGUUCACCGGAGAAUCUGUCUUUCUUCCGGAAUUCAAUUACUCUGAAGUCCCCGGGGAUAAUAAACCAAGCUUACCUAGGUUCGGUUAUGGUCGUUUAGAAACUGAGUUUGGUUAUUGCCCAUCAACUAAUCAUUACAAGGUUAUCACAAUAUAUUAUCUUCAGGAGGAACAUAAGGGACACGCUCAAGUAUAUACUGUUGGUGGUGAGUGGAGAUACAUUGGAUUUAUAGACCGUGACAAACGUUGCACGUUCAGUUUUUCAUCAGGUAUCUACGCAAAUGGAGAAAUUUACUGGUUGCAGCGAAGUGGUCGUAAGGUACAAGAAGGAGAGAUUGUGGCCUUCGAUUUGGAGCAUGAGGAAUUCCAUUACAUCCCAUUGCCAUGUUCUGAAAAUUUACAAUACACUUGUCCCAUUUCUCCACUAAAGUUGCUUGGAGGGAAUAAUAAUUUGUAUUUGGUUCAUACAAGCCAUACAACUCCUCGCGCUGACAUAUGGGGAUACAAGAGAAGUUCGUCGUGCUGGAUUAAGGAGUUUAGCAUGCUUCUAGAGAAGCCAUAUUUUUCUAAGCCACUAGCAAUUACAAGGAGCAAGGAAUUUUCAAUGUGGGAUAAACAUUCUGGCCACGGACUCUAUUGCUAUGACCCUAAAACUUCUACCUUAAACAAGCUUUGGGAUGAUAAGGCUAUGCGAAUGAGAUCUAUGUACAUUGAUGCGAUUCCUCACAUACGGAGUACUGUUUCUUUGAAAGUUUUGGGAGAAACUAAUGUUACUUCUUUGAAAGAUUUACGAAAACUCCGAGAAACUAAUCUUAGUUUGAAAAAAGCAACAAAGCCUAAAAGUGGAGGAGCCAAAAAAAUUCUUGGAAAAUUCUAUCUGUUCAAAUGGUGUUCAAGAUUAAAACUUUUAUCUGGUUCCAGAUUGAACCAAAUUAGCUAG